CUUCACAGAGUAAGUUUUACGCGGAGUUCAUCAGUAAAAAUCGCUGUUUACGGGUAACCGGAGAGUAUUAGAUUAUGACUUCAAAGAUGUCUGGAGGUACUCCACAUAAGAUCACAUCCCAGCUGUCAGCCUCCAGCUCAGGUCAUGAGCAAAGAUGCGCACUUACCACGCAGAUGAAUGCGACAUCCGACCAACCCAGCACAGCUUUAGAGCACAGGAAGUCCUCAAAACCAAUAAUGGAAAAAAGGAGACGCGCACGGAUAAACAACAGCCUUUGUCAGUUGAAGACACUUAUUUUGGACGCACUGAGUAAAGAUACUGCUCGGCACUCCAAACUGGAAAAGGCCGAUAUUCUUGAAAUGACAGUGAAGCACUUAAAAAAUUUAAAACGAGCACAAAUUAAUGCAACUUUUGGCACCAGUCUACCCAUGCUUGGCAAGUACAGAGCUGGAUUUAACGAAUGCAUCCACGAAGUGACCCGCUUUAUGUCCACUCAUGAGAGUGUUGACACCGAAGUGAAGAACCGGCUCCUCUCUCAUCUGGUCGGCUACGUUUCACACUUGGACAUCAUGUCUUGUCCACCCCAGCAUCACCUGCGCUCAUGCGCGUCAAAACCGGGAUUCGAACCCCCUCCGGUGUCGCACACGAAUGGUCCACUUUUUAUUUGGCCUCCAGAGACUUUAAAGUUGCACUGCGGACUCCAGUUUGUGCCAUCGAGUGAUGGGACUUUUUCUCUUUUGAUACCCGGUUCAUCCAGUAUUGGAUUGACUGGGCCGCAUAACGGUGCACCUCAGGCUGGCGUGUCCUCGGACAUGCAAAUGAACUCUCCAGACUUGAUUUGGAGACCUUGGUAGAGCGUCACGGAGUCAGCAAUGUAAUAAUAACAAGAAAUAAAAUAAAACGGCAAUUUUUCUUUGUUUCAUCCAUGAAGUGACCUAGGCUAGGACUUCUAGCCUAGUGAUGGUACCUGAGUUCAGCACAUAGGCAAAUUUUUAUAAUUUAGAAUAGGCUUUAGGCGACACCAGACUGCCCACUCGUCUGCUUAGAAAUAAUAAACCGACCAAUUAUUUUCACUUGGAAGUGUGUUUUAAUAUUGAAUAUACUGUGUAUAUUAGAGCGAGAUGUUUGAAUUUUAUUUUUGUAAUUUGAAAUGUAUUUUAAAUACUUUUUAAAUGUGCUUAUC